CCGUAUGUACUGCCUGUUUCCUGCAGCAGAGGAGAAGGAGGUGGUGUCGAGAAACUGGCAAGAUCCAACAACAUCGUAACCUCAACCAACACCACUAUACAAUGAAAUUAUCAUCAAUAAUUCCCGCUCCCGAACUGCACUACUUCACCCUCCUGCUGGUAACGGGUUUGUAUACUACUGGACGAGGAGAAAUAACAAGUCUGGAUGCUGGAAACAUCGAUGACAUCCUUAACAGUGCAGGGGUGGCUCUAGUCAACUUCUAUGCAGACUGGUGUCGUUUCAGUCAGAUGCUUCACCCUAUUUUUGAGGAGUCGUCGAACAUAGUGCGGGAGGAAUAUCCAGACGCUACACAGGUGGUGUUUGCCAGGGUGGACUGUGACCAGCACUCUGAUAUAGCCCAGCGCUACAGGAUAAGCAAAUACCCCACACUCAAACUGUUCAGAAAUGGGAUGAUGAUGAAGCGAGAGUACAGAGGUCAAAGGUCAGUAACCGCCAUCGCUGAUUUCAUCCGCCAGCAGAAAGUGGAUCCAAUCAAAGUGAUAGAAAAUCUGGAGGAAAUCAGCACUGUAGAUAGGAGUAGACGCACCAUCAUUGGUUACUUUGAGAAUAAAGACUCUGACAAUUACCGUACUUAUGAGAAAGUGGCGAACAUCCUCAGAGAUGACUGUGUUUUCCUGGCAUCUUUUGGGGAAGUUUCUAAGCCUGAGCGGUUCAGUGGUGAUAAUAUUAUUUAUAAGCCAAUGGGAGAGAAUGCUCCUGACAUGGUCUACAUGGGCUCGCUCACAAAUUUUGACCUCAGCUAUGCCUGGACACAGGACAAGUGUGUGCCGCUAGUCCGAGAAAUCACAUUUGAAAAUGGAGAGGAACUGACGGAGGAGGGCAUCCCAUUCCUGAUCCUCUUCCAUCAGAGGGAUGACACAGAGAGUCUGGAGAAAUUUCAGCAGGAGGUGGCUCGCCAGCUUAUCAGUGAAAAGGGUUCUAUAAAUUUUCUUCAUGCAGAUUGUGAUAAGUUCCGGCACCCUUUACUGCACAUUCAGAAGACCCCCGCUGACUGCCCUGUAAUUGCCAUCGAUAGUUUCCGCCACAUGUAUGUCUUCCCAGAGUUCAGCGACCUUGCGGUUCCAGGAAAGCUGAGGCAGUUUGUAUUGGACCUGCACUCAGGAAAGUUACACAGAGAGUUCCAUCAUGGCCCAGACCCCACAGACAGCACUCCAGGACAGGAGGACAGAGAGGUGCCCAGUAAUCCCCCAGAGAGUUCCUUCCAGAAAUUGGCCCCCAGUGAAACACGUUACACCAUCCUCAGGGACCGGGACGAGCUGUGAUGUCACAACUGCAUUGAGACCCAACCCAGAACCCUGCAGUCAGCUGGUGCCAACCUGGCACUGCCGCUGUCUGUGCAACGUCUAUUUUCAUAAUUUUUAUUU